GCUGUUGUCUGCAGACUGCAGCAUCCUAUUUUUGAAACUCUACUCCCUCGCUCCUUCCAUCCACCGUCCAGAGUCCAAACGCGUACACUCACCUUAUAAACGUGAACCCCCGCCAUUCACUCUGAUCUCUACAUUUUCAGUUUCAACCUCACUGAAUUCCAAGCUUUCAACCUCGAAAAUCAUUAAUUUCUUCAUAUAGAAAUAAAUCGAGGAGGUUCUAUUUCUUAUAAGUUUCUCAAACUAAGCUAUUGGAAGAAGAACAAUGUCGGUGACUUCGAGAACGACGACGGAGCUCCAAAUGCAUAAGAAAUGGAAAGGCAGAGAAACAAGCCCUGAAAGCACUAAAGUUUGGACUGAACCUCCAAACCAUAAAAAGCUCAACAAAGUGCCCGUUGUUUACUAUCUCUCCAGAAAUGGCCAACUUGAACAUCCACAUUUCAUGGAAGUUCCUCUAAUUUCCUCCCCUGAUGGUCUCUAUCUCAGAGAUGUGAUCAACCGCUUGAAUUGUCUUCGUGGAAAAGGCAUGGCCUCUAUGUACUCCUGGUCUGCUAAAAGAAGCUAUAGGAAUGGAUUCGUGUGGCACGAUUUAACAGAGGACGAUUUUAUAUACCCAGCACAUGGUAAAGAGUAUGUUCUUAAAGGAUCAGAGCUUCUCAAUAAUUCAUUCCCUUCACAACAGGAUGAAAUCGAAUGUCCUAAUUCUAGAAAUCCAGUGCCUGAGAAAAUGAGUGAAGAUCGUGAGUUUCCAGUUGUAGCAAGACGUCGUAACCAGUCCUGGAGUUCCUCUGAUUUCCAUGAGUACUUAGUUUCCGGCGAAUUCAUCGGAAGAGCCGCCGCCAAUGCGUCUACUCAAACCGAUGACAAACGACGUCGUCGAAGAGCAAUGCGAAUAGUCGAAGAAGAAGAAGAAGAGUUGAGAGAAGACCGGACAAUUAAACUGGAUGGUAAAGAACCGGACCGGUCAACGGAGCUGAAUAGAGGUGAAAUCUCACCACCACCGUCCGAUUCAAGCUCUGAAACGCUAGAAACGUUGAUGAAGGCUGAUGGAAGAGUAAUCUUACGGCCACAUACAAUCAGCGAAGAUCCAACGGCUAAAAUUCAAUCAAGCGGAAAGAGUAAUAAAGCAUCUUCCGUUCUGAUGCAAUUACUCUAUUGUGGUUCCAUGACCUUCAAGCACUGUGGGCCCGGUUCUUUAAUUUCACAAUAUAAAACACGGGUGCCACGUGGCAGGUGUACUAAUCAAGUGGUGAAGGAUGUAGAGAGUCCAAUGGUGGAAUAUCACGGAAGUGAAGAGAGAAUUAAGUUGGAAGAUAAGGAGUAUUUUAGUGGGAGUUUAAUAGAGAUGAAGAAGGAGAAAUUUCCAGCUCUAAAGAGAUCUUCUUCAUACAAUGUGGAAAGGAGUACAAAAUUGGAAUCGAUUGGGAGAGAAAACGAAGUGAAAACAAAAUGCUAUCUGAGAAAGCAAAAGAAUCAAUCGACCAGAAAGGAAGGAAAUAGUGACUUGUCUAAUGCCUUACAGUAGCAUUUGCCAUUAAUUUUAGCAAUACUAGCUAGUGAUCAAAAUGGUAGCAAGAUGAAUAGAUGAUAGAGUAGUAGUUAAUCAGUAUAUUAGGAAACGGCAGGAAAAUUCAUGAACACAAUGACUACUGAUCUUAGUUGUAGUUUUGUAAAUUCAGUCAUGGAAACUGAAAAAGAAGAGCUAGCAAAAUUGAAGAAGACAAGAAAAUAUUGUUACUCCUAGUCAUUUUUUAGGAAUUUGACGAGAAAACUGUUCUUCCUUUAAGGAAUUUGAAAAAGCUUCUUUUGGUUGAAAA